AUGCAUCGCGCCUUACGCGGAAUCCGAUCCUUUGCACCCGCCUGUGCCGUGUUCGGUGUAGCGACACCGAAGCUCCUGCAGCAAAACUCCAGAGCUCGCGCUGAAGCAGAUAAACCACGGCAGUGCUUGCGUCCCACAUCGUGGACAGCAUCGCCUGUCCAUUGCGAAGCAAGCACAGGAGCAGGACCAUCCAGGGCUCUGUAUCCGGAACUGACGCCAUACCAGACAGGAACUUUGACAACUGCAGACGGCAAACAUGACUUGUAUUACGAAGUCUCAGGCAAUCCAGAGGGCAAGCCGGCCCUCUUCCUGCAUGGAGGACCUGGUGACGGUUCCAGUUCGAAGCAUCGGCGACUCUUUGACCCAUCUGUGUACCGAAUUGUCGUCUUUGACCAGCGCGGCGCUGGAAAGUCAGAGCCAGGAGGUUCCUUGGAGCAAAACACCGCAGAGGCCUUGGUCCAAGAUAUCGAGCAACUGAGGCGGUUUUUGGGUAUCGAAGAGUGGGGCCUCGUUGUUGGAGGCAGCUGGGGAUCCACGCUUUCCCUUUUCUAUUCCACGAUGCAUCCGACAAAGGUGAGAGGCCUGGUGCUCUACUCGAUCUUUCUACCGAGUCCAGAGUCAGUCAAGUGGCCUUACAGCCGCGAGGGAGCAGGGCUCUUCUUCCCUGAAGACUACGAAGCCUUUCUCUCAGCCUUGCCCGUCGAAGAGCGUUCGGAUCCCAUCGGCUCCUAUGCCAAGCGCCUGAGCUCCGCAGAUCCGACGAUCUGCUAUCCGGCGCGCAGUAGCUACACGAAAUGGAUCAUGCGGCUACUAGGCCUGCAGCCAGACGAGGACUUCAUCGCCAGCUGCGCUGCGAAUCCCGCGGAAGCUGGCCCAGGAUCGGCCAUCGAGCUCCACUACAUGAAACACGGAUGCUUUAUGGAUUGCAGCCAGCUGCUCGAGGACUGCUGGCGCAUUGCGCAUCUUCCCUGUGCGAUCAUCCACGGCCAGAACGAUGUGCUCUGUACGCCUUCCAAUGCAUGGACGUUGCGCAAGCGGCUGCCUUUGGCAUCCUUCUUGAUGGUUCCAAUGGCUGGCCAUUCAUCCUCGAUGGCCCCACAGCUGCGUUCUGCUGUCAUUGAUGCCAUAGAUUCCUUUCGUUGA